UGUCGGCUUCAGUUAGUCAGUGGACUUCAACGCGUGCGGUGCUUCGAGCCUACGUUCCGUCAAAGUGUUUCUCCCUUUGCAGAAGGUACACGGUUUUUGUGCAUAUGAGUUAACGUUGGUCGUCCCAAGCGGUCUGAGGCGUGAGAAAAUAUUCCAUAUUUGUUGGUGGCGUGUUUACGUUUCCAAGUUUGUGGUGUGGGCCUCAAGAAGAUAUUCAUUCUUUAUCAAUCCGAGAUCUACCUGUGGAUAAAUCAUCAUCGAAUGAUGUGAAGCACGAAAAACUCACAUCAUGGAUUAAACGCAUCGAACGCAACGGUGUGAUGCAGUGUCUGAAGAGAAAAGAAGUGCAUAUAUUGAAAAAUAAAAUUUGAUAAUUGUUCGGAUCAUAUAACAUACAAAUUGAUAAUUAUCAUCCUGAAUAAGUGGAUUAUAUAACAGCGGAUUGGAGUGAUUCUGCGAAUAAAGAGGGAAACGACAAGUGAUUCUACGGAUGAUGCAUCAAACAAGUAUGCCAAUGUGAUGCCGAUGUGAUUUGCGGCUGGACGGAGAUGAAAUAAGCAAGAAGAUUUUUCCAACAAUAAACAUUACGGCACGAUGACACUAUCGUGAUGGAAACGGAAAGCAUCGUCAGCGAACCACAACCUAGCACGAGAGGAUUUCCGACUGAGAGAUCCACAUCAAUGACCGUUCUAUCACCCCAGGGAAAAACAAAUCACCAACAAUUACAGCAACUACAUCCGCACCAGCCGCCGAGGGUGGCUCAGUUGGAAACACUGGAAGCAAAGAUGGCUAGCAUAGAAGUCUCGCUGAGCAGCGCAACACCACGAAGAAGAAAGGGAACCUCUCUCGGAGGAGGUUCCCUCUCGGCUCGGUCAUCACCAAGACCGGAUUCCGCUCCAGGCAGGGAAAUGAGGUCUGCCCUUCAAGAUCGAGAAGCAGUAAUUCAAAAUCUGCGAUUGCAACUCGGGCUGGGGAAACUUCCUAGACCAACAGGACCUGCAUUUGACGAUGAAGAACGACCAGCUGCUGAACAGAAAGUUACGAAGCUGCGAUCGGAAGCGGAAAACAAGAAGGUUGCAAUAAGGAACUUGAAGAGCGCGUUGGAAAAGUUGGACAUCACUGACAACAUCGACAUUCGAAUACGCCAAGCAGAGUUGGAAUACGCUUUGGGGCGUGAAGAACUGCAGCUAUUGUCACUAGUAGAAGAAGCUAGAGCACUUCAGGCUAGGUUAGAUAAAUCGAAACCAGAGUCCAACUCUCUGUACGGCAUGCUCCAAACCGGAAUAAACCUAACAUUGCAUGCCGUAAAAGCCACUCCAGGUCGAUGGAAUGCCAGUAUGAAAACAGACUUUCCCGGUUUCUGGGUUGAUUGGGCCCUGGACGGUGAAGGUCUUCAUCGAGGCGAUCGCAUCAUUGAAGUGAAUGGUAAAAUGGUUCCCGGUAGGACACGAGAAGAGUUGCAGAAGCUGAUGAGCACGUCUGGUAAAUGUGAGAUGGUCGUCUUGAGAAAGAAAUCUUUACCAUUCUCGCAACAACAGUUACAUCAAUCACAAGCUGACAACGUUCGACUUAAACAUCGGAUAUCGUACUUAGAAGACCAAGUUAAAGAGCUAAUUGCAACAAAAGACAAUAAUACUGAUAGUGGUAGUUCUCAGGCUAGUAUUAUCAAUGGCAACGGAGGAGCACAUGUUACAUCGAUAAGCAUCACCUCACCGCCUUCAACUCCCCCCGACAAUAAGCCACAAAUCUACCAAAGAGGUUCGUUUGUUACAACAAUCAUUGAUGGAAAACCAUCGAAAACUCCUCCAAACUGUGAAAGUCCAAAGACACAUCAGGGUCACGUAACCACGACAACUAUUAUAAAAGAAUGUGAUAAAAUCAAUGGAGAAUUAACAAGUGGAAAUGUACUCAAGCACAAUCUCAGGAAUUCUAUGUCGUCUUCAAAAAUAUCGAUCAAUAGUGAUAUGAGUAAUAGCACUGCACAAUAUUAUCAAAAGAAAGAAAGGGACAAACGCGAACGUGAAGCACGACGAUUAGAGCGAGAAAGAUAUAUGCAACAAUACGGGUCCAAGCUACAAAGAAGCGCAAAUGACUUGGACAACGGCUUAGACCGCCGCCAUCUCCAUUAUCAUAGAUCUCAUGCACGAAGCGUUGAAUAUCUAAAUGGAACAUCUGAUAGGCGUAAACUGACUCUUCCAAACGAAGCUAGUUCUCGUCGUGAAAUGAGAAGUGUGAAAAGUCUCGAUUUCGAGAGCGACAACAACAAGCAAUAUGCCUCAGAACCGUCUGGUCCAAUGAGGAUGAGACCAGCACCACCAAAGAAACCUCUCCGACUCUCUUUACAGCGCGCACAGAGCCUUCAAACUGUUGAAGGAAUUAUGAUAGAUGCACACAGUGACAAAAAACGAGGUAUGAAACGGUCUCACCGUAGCGGGAAACCCUCAGAUAUGUCAUCUCAGUACAUCGAGAACAACGUUCCUCUCCAAACCGCUUCCCUUGGUCGACAAAAAUAUAUUUAAACCGUUUGCCAUUCGAAUUCAACACCCACGUACUGAAAGCAAUGUUCUCCAACGAUAAAAAAUAAAAAUGUAUAUUUUGAUAAAUAUUUAAUACAUGGAAUAGCAUCACA